AUGGCACCUGCUCGUUCUUCUACUCGUCGUGGGCAUCCAGCCCAAGUUCCACCAGCGCCCGUGCAGAACACAGAAACAAAUGACCCAAAUGUCAAUAAAGAACUUUUUCUUGAUCCCAUGCUCGGGACCCCGUUGGCGAUUUACAUUGAAAAGGACGUGGAGGACAAAGAUGCUAUUUCUCAACUUAUAAUCAAACACGGUGGCCUCGUUUCCGCUGGAUAUAGUGGCGUACCAUACAUACUAGUUGAUCCGCAUAAAGAGUCGGGCCAAAAUCUUUGGAGGCAGUAUGCCGGAAAGAAGGGAAAGAUCGUUCUCAAUGCGACUUGGGUGCAAGAAUGCGUCAAAAUGAAUCAACUACAGACAUUCCAAAGCAAUUGGGCUGGGUGCAAGGUUACUGGCACGGAGACUGUAUACCAGUCUUCAACCUCCAGGGGUUUGGAUGAGGCUGCUAGCUCUUCAACUCGGGAGAUACAAUCCAUUCAUCCCCAUGCUUUACAAGCUACCAUGCCACCGGUUGAUCCAAAUAUUCACUCUUAUCCCUUUCAAGUUUAUGCUCCUCCGCUUCAGCCGACCCCUCCUAGGGGUAUGCCUGCUGCAGGGCCAUCCCAAUGGCAAGUCAGUAUUGCACCGGCACAGACCCACCUUCAUGGCCAACCUGCACCGUCGCAACCUCCGACCACACACCCUCAUAUGAUUCACCGGCCGCCAACACAACCUUUAGCCCAACCUCCAUCGCAACACUACCGUGAAGACGCUUGGGAUGGAUACAACACCCCCGAUGAAAUGGCACCCCAACAGGCUACUUAUGACUACCGCUAUAGGGACGAUCAAUCUGGAUGGGUCCCUGGUCCUACCCCAUAUUAUGAACCAUCUUAUGAUCACAAUUAUGGGCAGCCCACUUAUAUGGAAGAGUCUGCAGGGCAAUCUUCAGGCUCAAAUUCAGUCACAGGACAGCCGGCCCAAAUGCCUGGGUCUUCUGUUCAACCCAGCGCAGAGGCUGCUGAAAAAACGCGGGGAAGAAAACGGACACGCACACAGGCAACGUCUGCCGCGUCUUUAGUGGUAAAUCGCAACCCACCUGCGCGAUCACCCACGCCCCCAACUAGAGUGAUAAAGAGCACUUACGGCGGCAAUCUGUUCACUGCAGACGAUGUGAUCUACUUGAAAAAAUACAUCGACUAUUGUCAAGAUCAGUGUUUAGUUUUGAGUCUAAGAGAAAUCUGUGAAAGGAUCGCAGUCAAGGCACCUCAUCACACUUUCUACUCAUGGCGUCGAUAUUGCAACAAACAUCAGAUUCGACUCGGUGGAUAUGCGAUGAAUAAUGAGAGGUCCGAAUCACCAAGCGUGGGCGAUGACCUUAAUAUGGAGAUGGAGGCCGAAUCAACCCCUCGAGCUCAGAGUGGCAGUGGCGCGAUACGAUUGGAUAUGAACGCAGCAAAUGCCGCUGCCGCUUCUGCACCACACAGGAACAGAUCUCCAACGCCUCCUAGGGCAUUGUAUAGGAGUACUACUGGAAAGGGCGUGGCUUUCACUCAAGAGGACGUGAAUUUCUUAGUGAAAUUCAUGGAAUACCGCAAGAACCAAGGCGCGAUCGAUAUGGUUUCCUUCUGGAAGGAGGUUGCUGCCAAGGCACCUCAUCAUUCUCGCGCCUCGUGGAUGAAGUUCUGGCGGCGUCACAAACAUGAACUGGCUCAUACGGAGGGAGAUGAACCUCUUCCUGCGCCUCCUGACAAGAAGAUGCGAUAUAGUAAAGACGAUGAUAUCUUGCUUGCCAGGUAUUUCUAUAACAAACCUGAUGGUACAUCGGACAAGAUUUUCCAGGCGUUCGGGCGGUUGCAUCCUCAUCAUCCGUGGAAGGGUUGGCAAGAACACCAUCGAAUACAUAAAACGAAAAUCGAGCACUUGAUGCAGCUCAUAGCCAGUGGAAGGGUCCUUACGACACAAUACGACGAAACAUAG